CAUUCGUAUAAAUAAGACGGCGAUCCGCCUAGAGCCACUAUACCUGCAUUAAUUCCUGUAAAAUCGCGACUUUCACGAGUCGAGAAAAAUGUUUCGUUUCUCACGAAUCCAUUUGAGUUUUUUACUUUUCGUUUGCUCGACAUGUUUGACAGCAGGCUUCUCUGUCGAGGAACAACUGCACCAGCUGCGAGAGAAUUAUGUGGAACUCAAGAAUAAUUUAGGGUCAAAGGUGGUUCAACUGGAGGCCAAAGUCGUCCAACUGGAAGAAAAAGUCCAGCAUCAAGAAUCCCUUCUAAUUGCUUUACAGAGUCAACAACCAAUCAGCAGCAAAUCUGUUUCUGCUAUUGGUCAACCUUCUGGGAAAAUUUACGUCCUCAGGACCUGCAGAGAGACCCGAGCAGCUGAUCCUUCUUUAGGUUCCGGAAUGUACUGGAUCGAUCCGGACGGCCAAGGUGUGGGCGACGAUCCUAUUUACGUCUAUUGUAACAUGGCCUCAGGAUCAACAGAGAUUUUACACGACACCGAAUCGAAGACUGACGUGGGAAAUUGCGCUGAUCCUGGUUGUUAUUCAAAAGCCAUAAACUAUAACGCAACUAUGAGACAGAUUAUGGCAUUAGCAGAGUUAUCUAACGAAUGCCAUCAAUCGAUUAGAUAUGAUUGCAUCAGCGCUCCGUUGGAGAUUAAUGGCAUCACAUAUUCCUGGUGGAACGAUAGGAAUGGAAACCCACAAUACUUUUGGUCAGGAAGUAACUCCAGCGUCCACACCUGCCAGUGCGGAAUCGACCGAAAUUGUGUCGAAUCACCUGCCGUGAAGUGUAACUGCGAUUCAGGUCUACCUACACUGUUAGCUGAUAAUGGAGUUAUCGCCGUCAAGAAUUUGCUUCCAAUCACUCGCUUGAACUUCGGUCGUACCAUAUUGGAUGUCUCUUCCGGACAAUACACGCUGGGAAGGUUAGAAUGUAGCGGACACGUGGCCGUCACCGGAAUGCCCAAGUCCUGCGAAGAUUUGUGGUGGAUUGGACACACUUUAACUGGAUUAUAUUCAGUCAUGGGAAGGGCUAUGGUGGAAAAUGUCUACUGUGACUUUACUAAACUUCCCAGCGAUGCGGGUUUCGAAAAAUGGAUGGGAUUCGCUGAUGUCCAAUCAGUACCAACCUAUUUCUUGGUUACAAAAAACUCAGAAGAAUUCAAUUCAACAAACAUUCCUAUUCCUUUCUCGACAGCAAAACUGAACAUUGGAGGGGCCAUGGAUUUGUCAUCGGGAAAAUUUACUGCGCCCCGAACGGGAACUUAUUUCUUCUCCUUUACCGGAAUGAUUGGCUACCCAACUUUAUCUUCUUCUGUGAUGGUUUUAGGGAUAGGAAUUUAUCUGAAUGGCAUUCCAAUCGGAUAUAGUUGGAGUGAUGAGGCGAACACAGUUGUUACGCAAGAAGUGCCGUUAGUUCUACAAUCGACGGUAAAUUUGCAAGCGGGAGAUCAGGUCUGGUUGCAGAUUGAUCGUCUUUCAACCGGAGUGAUCCUGUACCAAGUGCCAGCAUUUAACGGCUGGCUUUUACAAGAAAAUCUUUCCCAAUCGUUGUAAAAAGUCCGUGAAAGUAAACUUUUUUUUUUGCCAAU